AUGUUUUGGCUCCCUCAAUCGUCCGAUCUGGAGGUUGACGAUCCAGACUUAACCUCGUUCGCGAGGAGAAGAUUUCAGACUACCAUCCCUGAAAUCAAUCAAUUGGAUUUCUGUGAUAUGUUGGUUCAAAAUUUCCCCCUUGGGGGUGGGAUUGUUCCCGAUAAGACUGUUGGUGUGCAAGGCGGAAGUUGCAAAUUAGGAGUGAAUGGAGACGUGAUUAGCUCCAGCGCCAAUGAAGCCGUAAUCGGGUCAUUGGGUAGAGUGGUUUCCUCCGGAGCUGGGGGUCCCGUUGUGCCUCGAGUGAAGAGGCGACAGGUGCGUCGUUUUACAUCACGGCAACCCAUCAUCUCCGGCGACAAUUUGCGAGGAUGCACUGGCGUCGCCGAUGAAUGGCGCUGGAUGGGGGAAACAAGAUUCCUCCUAGUGGAUAGGGAUGGCAUAUCCCCCAAAUCCCUCCUCUGGUUUAGCGCAAUCGGCGCUAACAACCUAAAAUAA